AUGGCCAACAUGUUCUAUGAUUCGUUGAAGAAAUCUGGAUUGUUAAAUAAAAUACAAGGGAUCACCCUCGACAAUGCCUCUGUCAACACCGUAUUUAUGAAAGAACUCGGUAAAUUAUUAGGGAACGACGGAAGGGAGUUUGAUGUCAAGAAUCAACAUUUUCAUUGUUUUGAACAUGUCGUAAAUUUGGCUGUCCAAGAUACUUUCAAAAUGUUGAAAUUGGAGCAUUGUGCGGAUGAUUCCAUAGACGGAAUGGACUCUGAGGACGAAUCGACUGAUGAAGAAAUGGAAGAAAAUCCUGAAGAGAGCAACACCAAUUCGCCGAUUGCUAGACUUCGCAGCAUCUGUAAAAAACUGAAAAAGUCUGAACAGUUGAAGAACAAACUCAGAAAUUGUUGCUCAGCCUUCCAAGAAGAUUUCAUUCAUUUACCCUUGGAUGUCUCAACGAGAUGGAAUAGUACGCACGAUUUGAUUGCCGCAGGGUUAAGGAUGCAGAAAUCGAUCUCUGCUUUAGCACAGAAUAACGCAACGUUAUCCCAUUUGCUCAUUGAGAAAGAAGAAUGGAUUUUCCUCGGGAAAUUGGGAGGAGAUCGAUAUCCAACUAUUGCUUCAGUUGUUGUAGGAGUCAACAUUUUGCUUGACAGUACAGAAGCGCUGUGUAAAUCUCUUGAUGACAAACCCGGUCGCGAUAAAACGGAUGAAAAUCUGAUUCUCGCCUUUCAAGCAGAACGUGAUAAAUUGAUCAAACAUUAUAAUAAGUCAAAUUGGAUUUAUGGUGCUGUACUGGUCUUGGAUCCACGGCACAAGCUGGAGACGUUUGAUAGAACCCAAUGGGGGAAGGAUCUCAAGAAGGAAUCGUAUGACAAAUUUGAAGAGAUUUUCCGAACAGAAUACGCUGCUUCGUUGGACAACCCACCAUCGGAGGGAAUUAUUCCCAUUAGUAAUGACUCGGAAAUGGAUGAAUAUACAAAAGCAUUGAAUUCAAUAUACAGUACAGAGAAGAAACGAGAUUGGACGACGGAAGUCGAGAAUUAUCUGAAACUGGAUCGAGAGAAUAAGGAUGUAGAUAUUCUGGAAUGGUGGUCUCAAAAAGAGCAGAAUUUUCCAAAUUUAGCAAGAAUGGCUCGAGAUUAUCUAUCAAUUUGUGGAUCGAACGUACCUUCUGAACGAUUACUCAGCAAAGCCGGACUCAUUAUUCGAAAACACAGGAAUCGAUUGUCCAACAAACAUAUUGAAUUACUUUUGUGCAUGAACUCUUGGUUCACGUCUGAACUAGCUCCAAAGAUAAAACUCCAACUAUUGUCAUAG